AUGUUUAAUAAAAGACAUUUAAUUUUUUAUUUAUUCAAGUUUUUCCCCUUAAUUUUAGGUGGUGCUGGAGGGAAAGGGGUUUGGGGUAAGCUGGGGUCAGAAAUAGAUGAGACCGGUGAUUGUAGGGACGUGAAUGAUCCUAACUAUGACUCCGAUACUCAGGGUGAUUACAAGCUAGUGGCCAUAGAGCCAAUUCUGAAUGAUGAAGAGUUGGAAAAGGCAGUGAAACCCAUAUUACAGGAGUACCUUGAACAUGGCAACACAAUUGAAGAAUCACUGUACGACCUAAACAUAGGCGGUACCAAUGGACACAAGAUAGUGAAGAUGGCGAUUCAGCUUGGCCUCGACCGCCACAAUAACCAAAGAGAGUUAAUCUCCCAGCUAAUUUCUGACUUGUACAACAAUGUCCUCAGUGGGGUCGACAUUUCGUCUGGCUUCGAUGAUUUGCUAAACUCCAUUGAUGAUCUGAGGCUGGAUACCCCGGACGCUCCUAAUCUGCUGGGGCAGUUCAUAGCCCGAUGCAUCGCGGACGACUGCCUGGCUCCUAAGUUCAUCACCAACUAUAAAGGGAAAGUGGAGAAUAAGUAUUUCAAGGAAGCCCUUGACAAAGCCAACGUUCUAAUCACCAUGAAGCAAGGUAUGGCUCAUUUGGACAAUAUUUGGGGGGUUGGUGGCGGCAAUAGACCCGUCAAGUACCUCACCAAUAAGAUGGUGGCCCUGCUGAAAGAGUACUUAAGUUCUGAAGACAAGCAGGAAGCGAUGAGGUGCAUCAUCGAGCUGGAGGUGCCACACUUCCAUCACGAAGUCGUCUAUCAGGCCUGCGACAUUGCAAUUGAGAACUCUACUGAGCCUGUCAUCAAUCAAAUGGUUUCUCUCAUCAAGUUUCUCACUGUUGAUACUGUCGUUAUCACUCUUGAUCAGUUUGAGAAGGGAAUCAAGAGAAUAUGCGAUGACAUUCAUGACAUUAGCCUUGACGUUCCGAAUGCCGCGUUUCUAUUGGAUCAGAUGUGCGUCAAACUGAGAGAGGUCCGAGUCAUUGGAGACGGACUGUUUCAAGAACUCAGCAACAAAGGGCGCAAGAGAUUUGUUUCAGAGGGUGAUGGUGGUCUAAUGAAGCCCCUGUGA